AUGAGCAUAGUCGCCCUCAAAAGAGCCCUUGUGUCUCUUUUCAGCUCUUCUUCUAACCAAAGUGGUCCACUCAUGAGAGACACUAAUAAUAAUAACUACGGUUCCCUUUCAGACGGUGACAUCGAGUCCCAACCACAGACACCAGGCUCUCCAAAGCUGCAACAAAAAGGCGAUGAUUUCGAUAGUUCUCAGGAGACAGGCAUGUUUGGCAAAGUGGACCCAAGAGCUAUGAGCGAUCUGAUUAUCGGUCUCAGUGACGGUCUUACAGUUCCGUUUGCCCUGACCGCCGGUCUGUCUUCCCUAGGAGACUCCAAACUUGUCAUCACCGGAGGUAUGGCAGAGCUAGUUUCCGGUGCCAUCUCGAUGGGUCUCGGAGGCUAUCUUGCUGCCCGCUCAGAAUUGGAAUACUACAAAUCCCAAGUGAAAAAGGAAAAACAGUUAUUUUUCGAGAACCCAGACUCGAUUGCUGGGGAAGUUGGAGACGUCAUGAUCGAGAUGGGUGCUUCUGAGGAAACUAUCCAAUCGUUUGUCCGGGACUUGGAGGCCGACCCCAAGACGAUGAUUGACUUUGUGAUCAGAUACGGUCGCGGGUUGGAGGAACCUGCCGACGGACGUCAAUUGAUGAGCGCAUUAACAAUUGGGUCUGGAUAUUUCUUUGGAGGUUUCGUCCCAUUAAUCCCAUACUUCUUCACGAGCACAGUCGGCACAGGAUUGAUAAUAUCGGUGGUGGUGAUGAUUUUCACGUUGUUCUGGUUUGGAUACUUUAAGACCAUCGUUUCCAUGGGUGAUGACACGCCUCAUUACAUAAGGGUAUCGGAAGGUCUCCAGAUGGUUGCCAUUGGCUCGUUUGCUGCUGGCUGCGCCUGGGGACUUGUUUAUCUGAUAGACUCAUAG